GGCGAGGCAGCAGCAGCAGAGAGCGGUUCAAACACCAGCAUGUCUCCCCCGUCUCCUCCGUCUCCUCCGCCGCGGCGGCGGCUCCAGCACCGGCCCCGACGGGCUUUCGGGGGGUUUUAAUGACUCAAACGUUAACGGGGUUUGUUGUUGUGAGAUAAACGAAGCAGAAGAAAAUGUCUCGCCGGAUUAGGUGGUCGUUGCUGUUUCUGCUCUUGGUUUGUGAAGUUCAAGCCCAAGUAGAAAAUCGGGUGGUGUUCCUGCCGGGCGCCUUCCAGAACGUGAGCGUCUCUCAGAACGAGACGGUGCAGGCCGUGGUGUCCAGGAUCCCCUCGGAGGUCGCCUUCAUCACCCUGCAGUUUCACACUCAGCACCGCAACGCCACACUGUCCUACACCAGGAUGCCGGGCCGGGGUCUGUCCCUGACGGCCGUGGACUCGGGGCUGCUGUCGGCUCUGCAGCCGAGCCAGACGUCGCUGUCCCUGUUCCUGUCCUCCCCCAGCAGCGACGCCGUGGCCGGCACCGGGGUCAUCCUGCCCUACUCCAGUGCCGAUCCAGUCCCUGGAGGCUGCAACAUGGAGUUCAACCUGGAUGUGGACCCCAACAUCUACAUCUACUACAACCUCUAUGAAACCACCAUCCGCUUCGCGCCGGCUAAUAUAGGAUACGAGAGAGGCCUGACUCCUCCAGCCUGCGACGCGUCCACAGACGCCAGCACCCGCUGGCGGCUGCGCUAUGACGUCUACCAGUACUUCCUGCCGGAGAACGACCUGUCGGAGCGCAGCCUGUUCGACGGGCUGCAGGCCGUGGCCGACAUCAGCGGCAUGGCGGCCAGCGGCAGACGGGUCAUCACGCUGCUGUCCACCGACAAGACCACGGCAGAGUUCAACACCAUCCCCGGUCAGGGCGUCAUCUACUCGGUCAUCGUCAGAGAUCCACAGCUGAACACCUCUGCGUCUUACGUCCCAGCACACACCUACGCCUGCAGCUUCAAGUCCACCCUGGACGGCUGCCAGACACUCGGGCUGGUCUUCACUAAGAUCUUCUUCACCAUCACCGGCCUGGCCGGACUGUUCGUCUGCUUCUUCGGCCAUCGUUUCUUCAAAUGUGAGAUGUUCUGCAUGGGAUUCAGCUUCGCAGCGUUUUUCUUCUUUGUCCUCAUCACGAGGACCACGGAUCUAGACUACAGCAUCCGUCUGGCCGUGUCGGCGGUGGUGGGCGUCGUAGGCGGAGUCUUCCUGGUCAUGAGCUGGUGGCGCUUCGGCUCCGUCAUGGCCUGCGUGGUCGUGGUCGGCCUAAUGCUCGGCUUCCUCAUCUCGUCCACCGUCCUCUUCACCCCGUUAGGUGAUUUGGACGCGUUCAGGAACUCGGACGUGGUUUUCUGGGUGACCUUCUGCUGCAUAAUGAUCAUCGUUCCCCUCUUCUUCGUACGGUGGCCCAGAGAGGGGAACAUCACCACCUGCGGCAUCGUGGGGGCGUACGCCGUCGUUCUGGCCGUCAACGCCUACAUCUACACCAGCCUCUCCUUCAUCACCCUGAACAUCCUCAAACGCCUCCUCAACAACAACUUCAGCGCAGCUUUCACCGACGUGCCGUUCCAGGCCAUCGACUACGCCAUGAUCACGGUGUGGGUGGUCCUGAGCGUCGUCGGCAUCAUCCUGCAGCUGUACGGCGAGCGCUCCCGCCCCUUCUUCCCGCCCAGCCCGUACCUCAUGUGGCUUCAGGAGCGUGAGCGCCGCAAGACCAACGUCCUGGACCCGAGCCACCACUUCCCCUCGCUGCCCAGCCGGCUGCUGGAGCGGGCGCGGCAGCUGACCAGGCGCAGGGAGCCGGCGGGGGAGCACACGCCGCUGCUGCUGUAGCCGACUGCCGGGACACUUUAGCCCGCGGUUGAGCGGCGCUGCAGCCAGACCUCGGAGAGGACUCCUCCGGACCACUAACACCACUUUUAAACUCUGAAGUCAGAUGUCAGCAGUGCACAAGAGACUCUCGCUGUGGACCGCCACGCGCCUCUUUGGAUUGGUCAGAAAGUCGCUUUCACUCGACCGUUUGCACUAAAACCACAAACCACUACAUUUUUACUAGCAAGGUGUUUUAUAUCAGCGACGCAGCUCAUCAGUCAGCCGAGUAAUCGUUGCAGGACGUCCUGCAGCCCAGCUGCAGCUUUGAGCUGCACAUUCUGGCUCAUGGAAGAUGAAACUCA